AGCCUUGAGCUGGGAUCUCCCGGCGAUAGGAGCCCGGAGGUUGGCCGGGCGUGAUGGCCAGGCCUCCGCAGCCCCGGCGUGGCCCCGCAACGCCUGGUGGUGCCCUGCGCGCCCUGCUGCGCUGCAACUUGCCCCCGGGCGCCCAGCGCGUGGUGGUCUCCGCUGUGCUGGCGUUGCUGGUCCUCAUCAACGCCGUGCUGAUAUUCCUACUGGCCUUCCGCUGAGCUGCGCGCGCCCGGCACCGCGGGGGAACCGCGCAGGCUCAUCAGUGAUGGCAGUGUGGUGUGUGCUGAAGCCCUGUGGGACCAUGUCACCAUGGAUGACCAGGAGCUGGGCUUCAAAGCUGGGGAUGUCAUCGAAGUGAUGGAUGCCACCAACAGGGAAUGGUGGUGGGGCCGAGUGGCAGAUGGCGAGGGGUGGUUCCCUGCCAGCUUUGUACGGCUGCGCGUGAACCAGGAUGAGCCCGCGGAUGACUAUGAGGCCCCGCGGGCCGGGGCUAGAGAGGCCGAUGACAGCGGUCCAGAGGCUCAGAGCUGCAAGGACCAGAUGCGCACAAAUGUCAUCAAUGAGAUCCUCAGCACUGAGCGAGACUACAUCAAGCACCUUCGCGACAUCUGCGAGGGCUAUGUCCGCCAGUGCCGCAAACGGGAGGAUAUGUUCAGUGAAGAGCAGCUGCGCACCAUCUUUGGGAACAUCGAGGACAUCUACCGCUGCCAAAAGGCAUUUGUGAAGGCUUUGGAGCAGAAGUUCAACACGGAGCGGCCACACCUGAGCGAGUUGGGGGCCUGCUUUCUGGAACACCAAGCAGACUUCCAGAUCUAUUCUGAGUACUGCAACAACCACCCCAAUGCCUGCGUGGAGCUCUCCCGGCUCACGAAGCUCAGCAAGUACGUGUACUUCUUCGAGGCCUGCCGGCUGCUGCAAAGGAUGAUUGACAUCUCGCUGGAUGGCUUUCUGCUGACCCCGGUGCAGAAGAUCUGCAAGUAUCCCCUCCAGCUGGCGGAGCUGCUCAAGUACACACACCCCCAGCACAGGGACUUUAAGAAUGUUGAAGCUGCCUUGCACGCCAUGAAGAAUGUGGCCCAGCUCAUCAACGAACGGAAACGAAGACUUGAAAACAUCGACAAGAUUGCUCAGUGGCAGAGCUCCAUAGAGGACUGGGAGGGGGAAGACCUUCUGGUCAGGAGCUCGGAACUCAUCCACUCGGGGGAGCUGACCCGCGUGACACAGCCUCAAGCCAGGAGUCAGCAGAGAAUGUUUUUUCUCUUUGACCGCCAGCUCAUCUACUGUAAAAAGGAUCUGCUUCGCCGGGACGUGCUGUACUACAAGGGCCGGCUGGACAUGGAUGACCUGGAGGUGGUAGAUGUGGAAGAUGGGAAGGACCGAGACCUCCAUGUGAGUGUCAAGAACGCCUUCCGUCUGUACUGUGGUACCACGGGGGACAGCCACCUACUGUGUGCCAGGAAGCCAGAACAGAAGCAGCGCUGGCUGAAGGCCUUUGCCAGAGAGAGGGAGCAGGUGCGGCUGGACCAGGAGACAGGCUUCUCCAUCACCGAGCUGCAGAGGAAGCAGGCCAUGCUGAACGCCAGCAAGCAGCAGGCCACGGGGAAGCCUAAAGCUGUGGGAAGGCCAGGAUACCUGACCCGCCACAAGCAUCCAUCAUUGCCUGCCAGCCGGCCCCAGCAGCAAGUGUUGGUGCUAGCAGAGCCCAGGCGGAAGCCAUCUAACUUCUGGCACAGCAUCAGCAGACUGGCGCCUUUCCGCAAGUGAGCCAGCAUCCAUCAGACAACCUGACAGCACUUUGUGGACCCAUCCUUUCCUCUCUGAGGCCUAUACCAUCAGGCCCUCUGCCUGUUUUACAAACUGGAAGUGAACAGGCACAGCGUCAUGCUGUAUGAAGUCUGGGCCCUGCCUCUGGCCCCUUCCCCAUGGCUAGUGUGUGAGUACCAGCCUCUGACUAUACUCUGGACCUGCGCAGAGCCUCCAUCAAUGGUAAGCCUGCACGCCACAGCUCUAAACCUCUGGCCAGGCUGUGCACAUAGGCGCAUCUGCUCUGGACAUUCUUUGGAAAGCUAUCAUCUCCAUUCUCCUGUUUCCUCUGGGUAGGAGACCAAAAUCUGUGGCCAUGAGCCACCUGCCAAAGCAGGUGUGUGCCCCUCUGCUCUUUGUCUGUUCAGGCCCCCAGUGCACUUGUAACCUGAGAGGUCAGGAACCAGGAAUUAUGCACUAACUCUACCCAUACAUAGCUGUCCUUAUGCCUCCUGGUCCCUGUAGACACUGCUGGCUGCCAGAUACCCUCUUUACUUGUGACAUGUGUAACGAGAAAACCAUACAGUCAACUGUGUCCCUGGUUCCAGGUUAGUGACAGUUCCCUGUAGCUGGGGUGGCUGCGCACACACCCACCCACUCACUCCCUGUUCACUAUGAUUUUGGUCGUGUUGUUUCUCUAACACUGGAGAAUUGUUAAUGACACAGAAAGAUUGCCUUACCCUAGUUAAGUGUGAGAAGCCAUAAGGACUGGACUCUGGCCCCUCAUGGCCGGCCUCCUCGUGAGGCACAUGGCCGGGCCUGCACAUGGUGCAGAGCCUACAGGACUCAGAAGCAUGGAGUCACUCUUGCGCUGCAUCUUCUCUAAUCCAAAAGACACAUUUAAUUUCAUAAAGAAACGAAUGAAAAGUG